UUGCAGGAAGUGCGUCGUUGCGCUGCUCUCGGCGUUCGGGGAUUUGAGAUAGGAUCGCAUGUCGGCGAGAAGAGCCUCGAUCAUGCCGACUUCUGGCCUCUCUAUAAAGAAUGCGAGGAUCUCGGCCUCGUUUUGUUCGUUCAUCCAUGGGAUAUGCACAAUUGGGACGGUCGUCUCAAAAAGUAUUGGAUGCCAUGGCUCGUAGGGAUGCCGUCGGAAACGGCGCAGGCAAUAUGCAGUGUAUUAAUGGGCAACGUUUUACUUCUGUUUCCGCGUCUUCGCUUUUGCUUCGCGCACGGUGGCGGAUCGUACCCGAUGAUAGCCGGUCGAGUCGCCCAUGGCUAUAAGGUGAGGCCUGACUUAUGUGCCACUGAUUGCCUCACGAGUCCUCGUGUUUUACAACAAUCGAUCUGGACCGAUUCACUUGUUCAUGAUCCGACUGCACUUAAUCUUCUCAUCAAUGUUGUUGGCAAGGUGAUUAAAUUUUCGCUGCAGGACAAAGUUGUGCUGGGAACCGACUAUCCAUUCCCGUUAGGAGAACUAGAAGUUGGCAAGGUUAUUGAAAAUCACGACGGCCUUUUGGAAAAUGACAAAGAUCGGCUGCUGUGGAGAAAUGCUAUCGAAAUGCUUCGCUUGGAUGAGAAUUCACUGUUCAGCAGAAGACUUUAA